AUUUACUGAGUGUGCAGCCAAGCAACCCCGGCAGAGGAGGACGCUUCAAUCCGGCUACAACAAUGUCUGAGUUUCUUUUAGCCUUAGUAGCGAUCUCAGGAUUAUUUCCUGUUGCUAAGGUGCUGGCAGUGGGAGCCGAUCGAGAAGAACAGCUGUGUGACAUAGGAGAGUUUCUUUGCGAUGAUCAUGUGACUUGUGUGUCUCAAAAUUGGCUAUGUGAUGGAGAACCCGACUGUCCAGAUGAUUCAGAUGAGUCUUUAGAUACCUGUCCAGAGGAAAUAGAAUUCAAGUGUCCCCUGAAUCAUAUUACUUGCAUCGGUACAAACAGAUGUAUUCACUUGUCCCAACUCUGCAAUGGUGUAUAUGACUGUUCAGAUGGGUAUGAUGAAGGAGUACAUUGUCGGGAAUUAUUACCCAAAUGCCAACAGAUGAAUUGCCAAUACAAAUGUAGUAUUUCAAGGAAUGGCACCGGCUGUUACUGUGAGGAUGGAUAUGAAGUAGGCGAUGAUGGAAGAAACUGCAAAGAUUUAGAUGAAUGUAAUGUGUAUGGGGCCUGUAGCCAAACCUGUAUGAAUACAGAUGGAUCAUAUGCAUGUAGCUGUGUGGAGGGUUAUGUACUUCAGCCUGACAACAAAUCUUGCAAGGCCAAAAAUGAGCCCAGUGAUAGACCUCCAAUUCUUCUGAUUGCAAGCUCUGAAACUAUUGAUGUAUUAUAUCUUAAUGGAAGUCAAGUUUCUACUCCAAACUCAGUGAAAGGAAAUGGAAUUAAUACACUGGAUUUUAUAUACAAUAAGGACAUAAUUUGUUGGAUUGAAUCGAGAGAAUCUUCAAGUCAGCUGAAAUGUACCAAGAUAUCAAAAUCUGGGAGAUUAACAGAUGAAUGGAUAAUAAACAUUGCUCAGUAUCUUCACAAUGUACAACAAAUGGCAAUCGACUGGCUCACUGGAAAUUUUUAUUUUGUGGAUCAUGUCAGUGACAGAAUCUUUGUGUGUAAUCACAAUGGAACUGUGUGCAUUACCCUGAUUGAUCUUGAUCUUCAAAACCCUAAGGCAAUAGCUGUUGAUCCAACAUCAGGAAAACUUUUCUUUACCGACUAUGGGAAUGUUGCCAAAAUUGAGAGAUGUGACAUGGAUGGGAUGAAUAGAACAAGAAUAGUAGAAUCUAAAAUUGAGCAGCCAACCGCUCUUGCAGUUGAUCUGGUCAAUAAAUAUGUUUACUGGAUAGACAUAUAUCUGGACUACAUAGAAGUUGUUGACUAUCAAGGAAGAAAGAGGCAUACAAUAAUUCAAGGCCGACAAGUUAGGCAUCUUUAUAGUUUAACAGUAUUUGAAAACUAUCUAUAUGCAACUAAUUCAGAUAACUUCAGCAUCUUACAAAUAAACAGAUACAAUCGCACAGAUGUUCAGUCACUGAUUAGACUUGAAAAUGCAAGAGAGAUCCAUGUCUAUCAGAAAAGAACGCAACCAUCAGUCAGAAGCCAUGCAUGUGAAGUAGACCCAUAUGGAAUGCCAGGGGGAUGUUCGCACAUCUGUCUGCUCAGCAGCAACUACAAAACACGGACUUGUCGCUGCAGGACUGGCUUCGUCUUGGGAAGUGAUGGCAGGUCAUGCAAAAGACCAAAGAAUGAGUUGUUCCUGUUUUAUGGGAAGGGACGCCCGGGAAUCAUACGAGGAAUGGACCUGAAUUCCAAAGUUGCUGAUGAAUACAUGAUCCCCAUAGAAAACCUGGUCAACCCUCGUGCUCUGGACUUCCAUGCAGAGACCAAUUACAUCUACUUCGCUGACACUACAAGCUUCCUGAUUGGGCGACAGAAAAUUGAUGGCACAGAGCGUGAGACAAUCUUGAAAGAUGAUCUUGAUAAUGUUGAAGGCAUAGCAGUGGACUGGAUUGGAAAUAAUUUGUACUGGACAAAUGAUGGCCACAGGAAAACAAUUACUGUAGCCAGAUUGGAGAAAGCCUCUCAAAGUCGAAAAAUUUUGUUAGAGGGAGAUAUGUCUCAUCCGAGAGGAAUUGUCGUUGAUCCUGUCAAUGGCUGGAUGUAUUGGACAGACUGGGAGGAAGAUGAAAUAGAUGACAGUGUGGGAAGAAUCGAGAAGGCAUGGAUGGAUGGCUACAGCCGGCAGAUUUUUGUGACAUCAAAGAUGCUGUGGCCAAAUGGUUUAACUCUGGACUAUCAUACAAAUGUAUUGUACUGGUGUGAUGCCUAUUAUGAUCACAUUGAAAGAAUAUUUUUGAAUGGAACUGACAGAAAGGUAGUCUACAAUGGGAAGGAGCUGAAUCAUCCUUUUGGGCUAUCACAUCAUGGAAAUUAUAUUUUCUGGACAGAUUAUAUGAAUGGCUCUAUUUUUCAGUUGGAUCUGAUGAUGAGGAAUGUAACGCUACUAAGAAGUGAGAGACCACCUCUCUUUGGACUUCAGAUUUAUGAUCGCUACAAGCAGCAAGGUGACAAUGCAUGUCGUGUUAAUAAUGGAGGCUGCAGCACUCUUUGUUUAGCCAUUCCUGGAGGCAGAGUUUGUGCCUGUGCUGAUCAUCAGCGCCUAGAGGAAAACAGUACAAUGUGCAUGAUUAAUCCUGGAGAAGUGUUACCUCAGUUGUGCAAACCUGGAGAAUUUCAGUGUAACAACAAGCGCUGUAUCCAGGACCGCUGGCGCUGUGAUGGAGAUGAUGAUUGUUUGGAUGCCAGUGAUGAGCAUUCAGAAAUUUGCUUCAAUCAUAGCUGUCCUGAUGAUCAGUUUAAGUGCCAGAAUAACCGCUGCAUCCCCAAGAGGUGGCUUUGCGAUGGAGCUAAUGAUUGUGGCAAUAAUGAAGAUGAAUCAAAUGAAACCUGUGCAGCAAGAACAUGUCAAGUUGAUCAGUUUUCUUGUGGGAAUGGACGUUGUAUUCCAAAAUCGUGGUUGUGUGAUAGGGAGGAUGACUGUGGUGAUGAAACAGAUGAAAUGGCAUCAUGUGAAUUCCCAACCUGUGAACCACUAACUCAAUUUAUAUGCAAAAAUGGAAGAUGUGUUAGCAGCAAAUGGCACUGUGACUCAGAUGACGACUGUGGCGACAGGAGUGAUGAGUUGGGUUGUGUUCACUCAUGCUCCAGUAACCAGUUCAGAUGCUCCAAUGGCAGAUGUAUACCAAGUCACUGGGCUUGUGAUGGUGACAAUGACUGUGGAGACUUCAGUGAUGAAACCAAAACAAACUGCACCAAAGAAGAAACUCCCUCUCCUGGAGGAUGCAAUGAGAAAGAAUUUCAGUGUAACCCUGAUGGGAAUUGUGUUCCUGUGUUGUGGCGCUGUGAUGGAGAAAAGGAUUGUGAAGAUGGCAGCGAUGAAAAGGGCUGUAAUGGAACUAUACGCUUGUGUGAUGAGAGAACCAAGUUUUCCUGCAAGAAUACAGGUAAAGAUGAAGAUGGAAGUUCUCUAGAAGCACUUUUGAUUGAAUGGAGAUGCAUUAGCAAAGCGUGGCUAUGUGAUGGAGAUAUUGAUUGUGACGAUCAGUCUGAUGAGGAUAAUUGCGAGAGCUAUAUGUGUGGACCACCAAAAUAUCCUUGUGCUAAUGAUACCUCCAUCUGCCUACAGCCUGAGAAGCUCUGUAAUGGGAGAAGAGAUUGUCCUGAUGGAUCUGAUGAAGGCGACCUUUGUGAUGAAUGUUCGCUUAACAAUGGUGGAUGUAGCCACCAGUGUUCUGUAGUUCCUGGAAGAAGAAUUGUGUGUUCCUGCCCUCCAGGACUUUAUCUAAAUCCAGACAACAAAACCUGUGAAAUUGUGGAUUACUGUACCAAACAUCUUAAGUGUAGUCAACUGUGUGAACAGCACAAACAGAGUGUCAAGUGCUCCUGUUAUGAAGGCUGGAAGAUCAAUAAUGAUGGUGAAAGUUGCACUAGUAUUGAUCCAUUUGAAGCUUUCAUCAUUUUUUCCAUUCGUCACGAGAUCAGAAAGAUUGAUCUUCACAAGCGAGACUACAGUCUCUUAGUUCCUGGUUUAAGAAACACAAUAGCACUUGAUUUUCAUUUCAAUCAGAACUUACUGUACUGGACGGAUGUGGUGGAAGAUAAAAUUUACCGAGGCAAGCUUUCUGAAACUGGAGGUGUGAGUGCCAUUGAAGUCGUAGUGCAACAUGGCCUGGCCACUCCCGAGGGUCUUACAGUAGAUUGGAUUGCAGGAAACAUAUACUGGAUAGACAGCAAUUUGGAUCAAAUUGAAGUAGCAAAAUUAGAUGGCACUUUGAGAACAACAUUAAUAGCAGGCGCUAUGGAGCAUCCCAGAGCUAUUGCCUUAGACCCUAGAUAUGGAAUUCUGUUUUGGACAGACUGGGAUGCUAAUUUUCCUCGCAUUGAGUCUGCUUCCAUGAGUGGGGCAGGAAGAAAAAUCAUCUAUAAAGACAUGGAUACCGGAGCCUGGCCUAAUGGUCUUACUGUUGAUCACUUUGAAAAAAGAAUAGUAUGGACAGAUGCUAGGUCUGAUGCAAUUUAUUCUGCAUUAUAUGAUGGAACUGGCAUGAUAGAGAUCAUACGAGGUCAUGAAUAUCUUUCUCACCCCUUUGCUGUCUCUUUGUAUGGAAGUGAAGUGUAUUGGACUGACUGGAGGACCAAUACAUUGUCAAAAGCCAAUAAAUGGACUGGGCAAAAUGUUAGUGUGAUACAGAAAACCAGUGCACAGCCUUUUGACCUUCAAAUAUAUCAUCCAAGUCGUCAACCACAAGCUCCUAAUCCUUGUGCUGCUAACAAUGGCAGAGGUCCGUGUUCUCAUAUGUGUCUGAUCAAUCACAAUAGAAGUGCCGCAUGUACAUGUCCUCAUCUGAUGAAACUGUCCAUAGACAAGAAAACAUGUUAUGAAAUGAAGAAAUUUCUUCUUUAUGCAAGACGGUCAGAAAUAAGAGGUGUGGAUAUAGAGAAUCCAUACUUCAACUUCAUCACUGCCUUCACGGUCCCUGACAUUGAUGAUGUCACGGUCAUAGAUUUUGAUGCAGCAGAGGAACGCUUGUACUGGACUGAUGUAAAAACACAAACCAUCAAGCGUGCUUUUAUUAAUGGGACUGGAUUGGAAACAGUUAUCUCAAGAGAUAUUCAGAGUAUUAGAGGCCUUGCAGUGGAUUGGGUGUCACGAAAUUUGUACUGGAUUAGCUCGGAGUUUGAUGAAACUCAAAUUAAUGUGGCACAUUUAGAUGGUUCUUUGAAAACCUCAAUCAUCCAUGGAAUUGAUAAACCCCAGUGUCUUGCAGUUCACCCUGUCAGGGGGAAGCUUUACUGGACUGAUGGGAACACAAUUAAUAUGGCAAACAUGGAUGGCAGUAACAGCAAAAUACUCUUUCAGAAUCAAAAAGACCCAGUUGGUCUAUCGAUAGAUUAUCUGGAGAACAAGCUUUAUUGGAUCAGUUCAGGAAAUGGAACCAUAAAUAGAUGCAACCUGGAUGGUAGUAAUUUAGAAAUAAUAGAGUCAAUGAAAGAAGAAUUAACAAAAGCCACAGCUUUAACCAUCAUGGAUAAAAAACUCUGGUGGGCAGACCACAACCUAGCUCAGCUGGGUACCUGCAACAAAAGAGAUGGAAGAACCCCCAUUGUCCUGCGAAACAAGACUUCAGGGGUUGUACAUAUGAAAGUGUAUGAUAAAGCAGCACAGCAAGGUAGCAAUUCCUGUCAACUAAACAAUGGUGGGUGUUCCCAGCUUUGCUUACCAACAUCAGAAACGACCAGAACAUGCAUGUGUACAGUGGGUUAUAACCUCCGAAAAAAUCGUAUGUCAUGUCAAGGUAUUGAGUCAUUCCUCAUGUAUUCUGUUCAUGAAGGAAUUAGAGGAAUUCCUCUUGAUCCAAAUGACAAAAUGGAUGCUUUAAUGCCCAUAUCUGGAACUUCAUUUGCUGUGGGUAUAGAUUUCCAUGGAGGAAAUGACACAAUUUACUGGACUGACAUGGGUUUCAACAAAAUUAGCAGAGCUAGACGAGACCAGACCUGGAAAGAAGACAUCAUUUCAAAUGGCUUGGGAAGGGUUGAAGGCAUAGCAGUGGAUUGGAUAGCGGGUAACAUAUAUUGGACAGAUCAUGGCUUCAACUUAAUUGAAGUUGCUAGACUCAAUGGCUCAUUCCGAUACGUAAUUAUAUCCCAGGGUCUGGACCAGCCAAGAUCCAUAGCAGUGCACCCAGAAAAAGGGUAUUUGUUCUGGACGGAAUGGGGACAGACUCCCUGCAUAGGCAAGGCACGGUUAGAUGGGUCUGAGAAGGUUGUGCUUGUGAGCUUGGGGAUUGCCUGGCCUAAUGGAAUCUCCAUUGACUAUGAGGAAAAUAAAUUAUACUGGUGUGAUGCUCGUACAGACAAGAUAGAAAGAAUCGACCUUGAGAGUGGAGGGAACCGGGAGAUUGUGCUGUCAGGGAGCAAUGUGGAUAUGUUUUCAGUAGCAGUCUUUGGAGCUUACAUCUACUGGUCUGACAGAGCACAUGCUAAUGGCUCGAUCAGAAGAGGUCAUAAGAAUGAUGCCACAGAUGCUGUGACCAUGAGGACUGGCCUAGGAAUAAACCUGAAGGAAGUGAAAGUUUUUAACAGACAACAAGAAAAAGGUACUAAUGUUUGUGCCAAGAACAAUGGUGGAUGUCAGCAACUUUGUCUGUAUCGAGGAAAUGCACAGAGAACGUGUGCUUGUGCACAUGGCUAUCUUGGAGAGGAUGGAGUUACUUGUCUGAGACAUGAAGGUUACUUGCUGUAUUCAGGAAGGACGAUAUUAAAAAGUAUACAUCUUUCAGAUGAGACCAAUUUAAAUUCACCAGUAAGGCCAUAUGAAAAUCCAGACUACUUCAAAAAUGUGAUAGCAUUGGCUUUUGACUACAACCUGAAAGGAACGGGUACUAACCGUAUCUUCUUUAGUGAUGCACAUUUUGGAAAUAUACAACUUAUUAAAGACAACUGGGCCGGCAGAAAAGUGAUAAUUGAAAAUGUAGGUUCUGUGGAAGGACUUGCCUAUCAUAGAGCUUGGGAUACUCUCUAUUGGACCAGCUCUACUACAUCAUCUAUCACAAGACAUACAGUUGACCAGAAACGACGAGGAGCUUUCAACAGGGAAGCAGUAAUAACAAUGUCUGAAGAUGAUCAUCCACAUGUAUUAGCUCUUGAUGAAUGCCAAAAUUUAAUGUUUUGGACUAACUGGAAUGAGCAGCAUCCAAGCAUCAUGAGAUCUACCCUUUCUGGGAAAAAUGCACAGGUUAUUAUCAGUACUGAUAUUCUCACACCAAAUGGACUUACCAUUGAUCACAGUGCAGAGAAACUCUACUUUUCAGAUGGCAGCCUGGGAAAAAUAGAGAGGUGUGAAUAUGAUGGGUCACAGAGAUACGUAAUUGUCAAGUCUGGACCAGGCACUUUUCUUAGCCUGGCUGUAUAUCAUGACUAUAUCUUUUGGUCAGACUGGGUGAGACGAGCUAUUCUUCGCUCCAAUAAAUAUACAGGAGGAGAUACAAAAGUUCUUCGAUCUGAUAUACCACAUCAGCCAAUGGGCAUCAUUGCUGUUGCCAAUGAUACUAACAGUUGUGAACUGUCUCCCUGUGCACAAAUGAAUGGAGGCUGUCAUGACUUAUGCCUUCUGACUCCUGAUGGUCGAGUGAACUGUUCAUGUAGGGGGGAUCGAAUGCUGAUAGAUGACAACAGAUGUGUGACUAAAAACUCCACAUGCAACAUUUACUCUGAGUUUGAAUGUGGAAAUGGUGAAUGCAUUGACUAUCAACUAACCUGUGAUGGCGUUGCUCAUUGUAAGGACAAAUCGGAUGAAAAACUAUUUUAUUGCGAAAACAGAAGCUGUCGGAGAGGUUUUAGGCCUUGUUACAAUCGCCGUUGUAUUUCAAACAACAAAAUGUGUGAUGGCACAAAUGAUUGUGGUGACAACUCUGAUGAAUUGGACUGUAAAGAUUCAAUCUGUGCUUCAACAGAAUUUCUCUGUGCAGAAGGGAUUUGCAUUGCAAAAUCAGCACAAUGCAACCAGGUCAUUGAUUGUGCAGAUGCUUCAGAUGAAAAGAACUGCAAUAACACAGACUGCACUAAUUUCUAUAAGCUUGGAGUAAAAUCCACAGGGUUUAUUAGUUGUAAUUCUACUUCACUUUGUAUACUACCAGAAUGGAUAUGUGAUGGAUCUAACGACUGUGGAGAUUAUACAGAUGAAUUAAAAUGUCCAGUUCGAAACAAACCCAUAUGUGAAGAAAAUUAUUUUGGAUGUCCUAGUGGAAGAUGUAUUCUGAACACAUGGCUGUGUGAUGGACAAAAAGAUUGUGAGGAUGGAGUUGAUGAAUUGCAUUGUGAUUCUUCUUGUUCAUGGAAUCAAUUUGCUUGCUCAGCACACAAAUGUAUCUCUAAGCAGUGGACUUGUGAUGGUGAAGAUGACUGUGGAGAUGGCUUAGAUGAGAGUGAUGCUAUUUGUGCAUCGGUAACCUGUGCUGCAGACACGUUCAGUUGCCUAGGUUCCCAUGCCUGUGUCCCUCAACACUGGCUUUGUGAUGGUGAAAGGGACUGUCCUAAUGGAAGUGAUGAACUAUCUACAGCAGGCUGUGCUCCUAAUAACACCUGUGAUGAGAACUCUUUCACAUGCCGUAAUAAACUCUGCAUUCCCAAACAGUUUGUAUGCGAUCACGAUGACGACUGUGGAGAUGGAUCUGAUGAGUCAUUGGAAUGUGGGUAUCGUCACUGUAAUCCUGGAGAAUUCAGUUGUGCUGAUGGAAGGUGUCUCUCAAAUUCUCAGUGGCAAUGUGAUGGGGACUUUGACUGCCCAGAUCAUUCUGAUGAAGCUCCUAUAAACAUAAAAUGCAAAAGUUCAGAACAGUCAUGCAACAGUUCUUUUUUCAUUUGCAAAAAUGGCAAGUGCAUUCCUCAAAUAGAUGUCUGUGACAAUAAAGAGGAUUGUGGUGAUGGAUCUGAUGAGAGAAACUGCCAUAUCAAUGAAUGCUUGAGUAAGAAAGUCAGUGGCUGUUCUCAAGAUUGUCAGGAUCUUCCUGUUGGGUACAAGUGCAAAUGCUGGCCUGGAUUCCGGCUCAAGGAUGAUGGCAAAACAUGUGUAGACAUUGAUGAAUGUUCAUCUGGCUUUCCCUGUAGCCAGCAAUGCAUCAAUACAUAUGGAACUUACAAAUGCUUAUGUGCAGAUGGGUAUGAAACACAACCUGAUAAUCUCAAUGGCUGUAAAUCUCUUUCAGAUGAGGAGCCUUUCUUAAUUCUGGCUGACCAUCAUGAAAUAAGAAAAAUUAGCACUGAUGGAUCCAACUACACUUCAUUGAAACAGGGGCUAAACAAUGUGAUUGCAAUAGACUUUGAUUAUAGAGAGGAGUUCAUCUAUUGGAUUGAUUCCAGCAGACCAAAUGGCAGCAGAAUAAACAGAAUGUCUUUGAAUGGAAGUGACAUAAAGGUAGUACAUAACACAGCUGUUCCCAAUGCACUAGCUGUUGACUGGAUUGGAAAGAAUCUCUAUUGGUCUGAUGCAGAGAAAAGGAUUAUCGAAGUAUCAAAACUCAAUGGCUUAUACCCCACUGUUCUUGUGAAAAAAAGGGUGAAGUUUCCUAGAGAUCUAUCUUUAGAUCCUCAAGCUGGAUAUUUGUACUGGAUUGAUUGCUGUGAGUAUCCUCACAUUGGCCGUGUUGGUAUGGAUGGCACCAAUCAAACUGUUGUCAUAGAAACACAGAUCUCCAGACCUAUGGCUCUUACAAUAGAUUAUGUCAACAGUAGACUCUACUGGGCUGAUGAAAAUCAUAUUGAGUUUGCUGACAUGGAUGGAUUUCAUAGACAUAAAGUCCCUAAUCAAGAUAUUCCAGGGGUGAUUGCACUAACAUUGUUUGAAGACUACAUCUACUGGACAGAUGGGAAAACCAAGUCACUGAGCCGUGCCCACAAAACCUCUGGAGCAGACAGAAUAUCCCUGAUUAACUCAUGGCAUGCCAUAACAGAUAUCCAGGUGUAUCAUUCUUAUAGACAACCUGAUGUGUCUAAACAUUUGUGUAUGAUAAAUAAUGGUGGCUGCAGUCACUUGUGUCUCUUAGCUCCUGGCAAAACACACACUUGUGCCUGCCCCACUAAUUUUUACCUUGCUGCAGAUAACAAGACCUGCUUGUCAAACUGCACAGCCAGUCAGUUCCGUUGCAAAACUGAUAAAUGUAUUCCAUUCUGGUGGAAAUGUGAUACUGUAGAUGACUGUGGGGAUGGAUCAGAUGAACCUGAAGAAUGUCCUGAAUUUAAAUGUCAACCAGGACGUUUUCAGUGUGGAACUGGACUUUGUGCUCUGCCAGCCUUUAUCUGUGAUGGAGAAAAUGAUUGUGGGGACAAUUCUGAUGAACUCAACUGUGACACACAUGUCUGCCUGUCAGGUCAGUUCAAGUGUACAAAGAAUCAGAAAUGUAUUCCAAUAAAUCUAAGGUGCAAUGGACAGGAUGACUGUGGUGAUGAAGAAGAUGAAAGAGACUGUCCGGAAAACAGCUGUUCUCCAGACCAUUUCCAGUGUAAAACUACAAAACACUGUAUUUCUAAACUGUGGGUAUGUGAUGAGGACCCGGACUGUGCUGAUGGAUCAGAUGAAGCAAACUGUGAGCCUCAAACCUGCACUUUGAAAGACUUUCUCUGCGCAAAUGGAGAUUGUGUUUCUGCGAGAUUCUGGUGUGACGGGGAUUAUGAUUGUGCAGAUGGCUCAGAUGAGCGAUACUGUGAACCUGGUUGUUCAAAAGACCAGUUCCAGUGUUCCAAUGGUCAGUGCAUAUCAGCAAAAUGGAAAUGUGAUGGUCAUGAAGACUGCAAAUUUGGGGAUGAUGAGAAAAAUUGUGAACCAGCAUCUCCAACCUGCUCUUCAAGCGAGUAUGUGUGUGCCAGUGGAGGAUGCAUCUCAGCAUCUUUGAGGUGUAAUGGAGAAUUUGACUGUGCUGAUGGCUCUGAUGAGAUGGAUUGUGUAACAGAAUGUAAAGAAGAUCAGUUUCGAUGCAAAAAUAAGGCCCACUGUAUCCCCAUCAGAUGGCUAUGUGAUGGAAUCCAUGACUGUGUGGAUGGCAGUGAUGAAGAAAACUGUGAAAGAGGGGGAAAUAUAUGUAAAGCCGAUGAGUUUCUGUGCAACAAUUCACUUUGUAAACUCCAUUUUUGGGUGUGUGAUGGAGAAGAUGACUGUGGAGACAACUCAGAUGAAGUCCCUGAAAUGUGUGUCAAAUUUCCAUGCCCACCUACAAGACCCUACAGAUGUAGAAACAACAGGGUUUGUCUGCGACCUGAACAGAUUUGCAAUGAGAUUGAUGACUGUGGUGAUAACUCAGAUGAAGAUCACUGUGGUCCCACUGAAUAUACCUGUGAAGCUGAUGUGAAUCCUUGUGGAGAUGAUGCAUACUGUAAUCAAACAAAAUCAUUCGUUUUCUGUCGGUGUAAGCCUGGAUUUCAGAGGAACAGAAGGAAUAGGCAGUGUGAAGAUAUCAAUGAAUGCAUGAUAUUUGGCACCUGUUCACAUCAAUGUACUAAUAUUAAAGGAUCAUACAAAUGUAUAUGUGAGAGAAAUUAUAAGGAAAAGAAUAACAGCUGCAUAGCAAAAGGCUCUGAAGAUCAAGUUCUCUACAUUGCUAAUGACACUGAUAUCCUGGGUUUUAUAUAUCCAUUCAACUACAGUGAUGUUCAUCAACAAAUUUCACAUGUUGAACAUAAUUCAAGGAUAACUGGGAUGGAUGUAUAUUAUCAAGGUGAUAUGAUUAUUUGGAGUACUCAGUUUAAUCCAGGAGGUAUUUUCUACAAAAAGCUCCAUGGCAGAGAAAGAAGACAAAGUAAUAGUGGUUUGAUCUGUCCUGAAUUCAAAAGACCCAGGGAUAUUGCUGUUGACUGGAUUGCUGGAAAUAUUUACUGGACUGAUCAUUCUAGAAUGCAUUGGUUCAGUUAUUAUACAACUCACUGGACAAGUUUAAGAUACUCCAUCAAUGUAGGACAAUUGAAUGGACCAAACUGUACAAGGUUGCUUACAAAUAUGGCAGGAGAACCGUAUGCAAUUGCUGUAAAUCCUAAAAAGGGGAUGAUGUAUUGGACAGUCAUUGGGGACCACUCUCACAUAGAAGAAGCAGCUAUGGACGGUACUCUAAGAAGGAUAUUGGUACAGAAGAAUUUACAAAGACCUACAGGUCUUGUGGUUGAUCAAUUCAGUCAGCGUUUGUUCUGGGCUGACUUUGAAUUAUCUGUUAUUGGCAGUGUUCUUUUUGAUGGCUCUGAUUCAGUAGUAUCUGUGAGCAGUAAAGAAGGGUUGCUGCAUCCACAUAGAAUUGACAUUUUUGAAGAUUACAUCUAUGGAGCAGGACCUAAAACUGGUGCAUUUAGAGUACAAAAAUUUGGCUCUGGUUCUGUAGAAUAUCUGAAUUUGGAUGUUGAUAAAACAAAAAGUGCCUUGAUUUUUCAUCGCUACAAACAAAUAGAUUCACCUAAUCCUUGCUUGGACUUGACAUGCGAGUUUCUCUGUUUACUCAACCCUUCUGGUGCAGCUUGUGCAUGUCCAGAAGGGAAAUCUUUGAUCAAUGGAACAUGCAGUGAUCUGAGCCUUUCAGAGGAUACAUGUAAACUGACUUGUGAAAAUGGAGGAAGAUGCAUUAUGAAUGAGAAGGGUGAUUUAAGAUGUCACUGUUGGCCAAGCUAUUCUGGAGAAAGAUGUGAAACCAACCACUGUUACAAUUACUGUCAAAAUGGAGGAACGUGUGUAGCCUCUGCUCUUGGGAGGCCUACAUGCAGCUGUGCGCUGGGUUUUACAGGACCAAACUGCAAUCAAACAGUGUGUGAUCAUUUUUGUCAAAAUGGAGGAACCUGCAGUGUCACUGCUGGAAAUCAGCCCUAUUGUCACUGCCUGACUGAGUAUACUGGAGACAGAUGUCAAUAUUAUGUGUGCCACCAUUAUUGUGUGAAUUCUAAAUCUUGUACCAUUGCUGAUGAUGGAAGUGUAGAAUGUGUCUGUCCUGUACAAUAUGAGGGUCCAAAAUGCGAAGUAGACAAGUGUGUAAGAUGCCAUGGUGGGCACUGCAUAAUAAACAAGGACAGUGAUGACAUAAUAUGCAACUGCACUAAUGGAAAAAUUGCCUCUAGCUGUCAAUUAUGUGAUGGCUACUGUUAUAAUGGUGGUGCAUGUCAGCUGGACCCAGAGACAAAUAUACCGGUCUGUCUAUGCUCUGUGGGGUUUAAAAGUCAGCGCUGUGACCAGAAAGUGAACCCUUGUGAUUACUACUGUCAGAAUGAGGGAAUUUGCACUUUAACUGCGUUUAAUGAACCGAGAUGCAAAUGUUCAGCCAACUGGUCAGGCACGCAGUGCGAGAGGCCAGCUCCCAAGAGCAGCAAGUCUGACAAUAUCAGUACAAGAAGCAUUGCAAUCAUUGUUCCUCUUGUUCUCUUGGUGACUUUGAUCACUACUCUGGUAAUUGGUCUACUUCUUUGUAAAAGAAAACGAAGGACAAAAACUAUCCGAAGACAACCAAUGAUAAAUGGAGGAAUCAAUGUAGAAAUUGGUAAUCCAUCAUACAAUAUGUAUGAGGUUGGCCAUGAUCACAAUGAAGGGGGACUUUUAGAUCCAGAUUUCACAGUAAAUCCAGAAAAGGCCAGGUAUAUAGGGGGAGGGUCCACUGCAUUCAAGCUUCCCCACACAGCACCGCCAAUCUACCUAAACUCUGAUUUGAAAGGACCACUAACUGCAGGGCCAACAAAUUACUCUAAUCCAGUGUACGCAAAGUUAUAUAUGGAUGGGCAAAACUGUCGAAACUCAUUAGCAAGUGUUGAUGAAAGAAAAGAACUCCUUCCAAAGAAAAUAGAUAUUGGGAUAAGGGAGACUAUGGCAUAAUCCUCUGUUACCUUUUAUACUCUGUAUAAAUGUAUAAAAUAUAAGGAUUACUUUUCUAUGUACCCAACAGUAUUAUAAUUGUUUUGUUAUCAGCAUUACCUCUGUUUUUUUGUUUGGUUGAUUGUUUUCUGGGUUUUUCUUUUGCUGAUGACUUUUGACUGACCAUUUGUAAGGUAUUUUUAUGAAAAAGAAACUGCACUACAGUACAAUUUACAACAAUGCUGCUGAUACACCUUUGAAUUUGUUAAAAUUAAAAACAACAUUUGUUUGUAUUGUGAAUAUGAGCAAUCUAUUUUGUAUGAACUUUUUUGGUUCUACUUAAUCAAUGAAGAUGAUAUCUGCACCUUUUGAUUAUAUAGUCUGAAAGCUGUAGUACAGUGUGUAAUUUUGUUUGUUUUAAAUGGUGAAAGAAUGACUGAAUGGUCUACUCUCUUUGUGCCCAUUAGAAUUUCACCCCAGAUCCUGUUAAAAGUAGAUAACUUUUUUUCACAAAUCAAACAUAACUUGCUUUUAAAAUUAGUGUUAGGUUGCCAAGAAGUAAACAAGACUACAGAAUCAAACCAUCUAAUGAUCUGCAUGAACACAAAUGAGUGUUUCAGAAAUUCAGUGAUUGUACAUGAUAUACUAAACAUAUAUACCAUGUAAACAACCUUGUAUUUAGUAAAACCUUAUAGACCAUAGUAGAACUACAUCUUGAAAGUUGAAAGAUCUUUCUUGCUGUGGGACAAGGCCUAUGAACUCCAGCAGUCCUGUAGUACAGUAGCCACCCUAGAGCACAAGAGGGCAUCGCCUACACAUGUAUUAUAUGUUUAUUCACUCAAUCACAUGCAAUAUUUGUGGAUGAUCAAUCCGUUAUCACACACCAAGCAGUAGAACAAAAAUAAAAUGUAAGCACACACAUUGAUAACAGUAUUCUGAUUUACCCAGUAAGAAAAAAAAUCAUCCUUGCUCAGAGAUAUUAAAGAAUUCAAAACAUAGCAGUUUAUACUGAUGAUGAUGAUAGUCUAUGAUACCGCUGAUCAAUAUUAUAUAUUACUGAAACGUAUUUCAGACCAAUUGUGAAUUAAUUUUAAUACUUUUGGGUUAAAUGUCAAAACCCCAUUAUCAAAAGUGGAGAGUAUCAAUGUAAUUGGUUUCCAGUACUUUCUCUGGUACUGGUUUAUUUUAUGUAGUUGUGAAGAAUAAAAA